UGAAGAACGGACUGGGAGAGAAGAGCCCCUUUGCUUCCUUGCGGGAUUUAUUUGUUUGUUACAUUUUUCCUUUUCUGUUCCCUUGUAUUGACCAUUUGUAUCCGAAUGCCUGCGACUUGCCCGGACGGUCCCCACUUUCAAGGGAGGGAGAGUUGGCUGACAUGACAGCAUGUGAAGAGUGGGGAUUCCUUAAGAAGAAGGAUCAGGAUUUGGCUUUUUACAGUUUGUUCACCAUGGCAGGUCAUGUCCAGUGAUCACACAUUCUGUUCCAUUUAAAGAUUUGUCUUCUUUUUUUAUCUUUUUGGAGUUGACAGCCUAGUUACCACGUCUAACAGACUGUAUUACCCUUUGCCUGUCAGUGGAUUUCAUGGACGACCGUUGGGAAUCUUUUCUUGGAAUCUGCUGCUGUGCUUUCAACGACUCAAUGCAUUCUCUACUCCAGCUUAUGCCCUUUGGAUAUUAUCUGAUUGCUUCUUUUCUGUUGGAUUUCAUCCACUAACUAUCUAUACUUACUACUUGUUGGAUAUUGUUGGGAAAUAUCUGUUGGGAUUUCUUUCUGCUGGAAGUUCAACUGUGCCAGUGAGUGCCCUUGAUAGGGUUGAUUCUCUGCUCUGCUAGAGGAGUCUUGAGGUGGGCUUUUCCUCUGAAGAAAUGGAUGGCCCUCGGUCCAGUGGGCUCCGCAAAAAGAGGAAGUCUAAGUCCGAGAGGGAUCGGGGACGGAGAUCAAAUGGGAUAAGGAACAACAACCAUAAGAGGGGGGACUCUGUGGGGCUGCGCUUCUCCUCGGAUUCAGAGAGGGAGGAAGGAGGCAGGAACCCCUCUUCCUCCCGUCCAAGGCCCCCCAGGAGAAAGAGAAAGGAGUCUACGUCCACUGAGGAGGACAUCAUAGACGGCUUCUCCAUCUCUGGUUUCAUGACGCUGGAGGCGUUGGAGAAGGACCUGACCAUGAAGCCCCAGGAGUGCAGGGAGAACCAGGAGAACCAUCAGGAGAACCAGGCAGGCCCCCCCCUGCACAAGAAGAAGCCCCCCAGGGUCCCUAACGGAUUCAGCCUGGACACCCGCAAAGCCCACAACAACCACCUUAACAACCACCACAACAACCAUAGCAACCAUCACCAGCAUUCUGACCAGGAAAACAACAACCCACGCCUGGCUCCUCAGACCAACGGCAAGAAGAAGAACAAGAACAGCCUGCAGAAGAAACACAGGCCACUGAAGCCAGGACAGAACAACUGCAAGGACAGCGACAGCGAGAGUGUGAGCGGAGGGUCCAAGCCUUUUGUCGGAAGCAGCUCCAGAGAUAGGCUGAGUGACUGUGACAGUGAGAGCGACCAGGAAGACAAGGGCUCUGAUGCCAGCUCAGAGAAAUUCUUCAGCACCGCUGCAGUUAAAGUUCCAGAUUUCAGCGUCGAUGCGCUGUCCACCAAUGACAUCCAGGAGCGUGGCGGCCUGGGCCUCCCCAAGGUGUCAGGCCUAGAGCGCAGCCAGGAGAAGAGUCAGGAGAGCUGCAAGGACGUCCCCGUGCCUCUCCCCGCUCCCAGUGCCCCCAAGCAGCCCCUACCCCCGCAGCCCUACACGGCUGGCCGCCCUCGGCCCCUGCCUCUGUCCCUACCCACCUCCCAGGCCCAUCCCUCUCUCCACAGCCCCCGUCUGGCACAGGCCCCGGUCCACCAGCCCCCACGCUCAGAGGCUUCUCUCAGGCCUCAGAUCCCCGCAGCCCUGCCUCUCGCUCAGGGCCAAGAGCCUUCGCAGGCCCCCCAGCCCAGGCCCCAGCACCAGCCUGAGCCCCUGUCCCGGCCCCAGCGCCAGCCUGAGCCACUGUCCCACCCCCGGCCUCCGCCCAGUCUGCACCCACACCCCGCCCUACUGUCCCACCACCCCAGCCAGAGCCAGGCCGGGCCUCAACGCCUCCCCUCACACUGUGGGGCCCACCCUCGCCCCCUGUCUGCCUACAGCAGCAGCCUUAGCCUUAACGGCCUCAGCAGCAGUCGGAGUAGUACCCCGAGCGGUACCAAGCCCCACGGCCCCACGGCCCACGGUCCGUCCCCACACCUACCCCACCUCCCACCUUCCGGCUCUGCCUCUGCAGCCACAGCCUUCCCCCUGCCCCACCCAGCUAAUCAGAUCGCUCCCCACGGUUUCCCCCCCGCCCUGCAGUCCUCGCCACACCCCCACCACCCCAAUAUGUUUGCGCCUCCACCGGCCUUGCCCCCACCUCCGCCACUGACGUCUAGCACCCUGCCAGUCCCCGGAGGACACCCCGCCGCUGGGACGCCCUAUUCAGAACAAGACCUGCUGCGCCAGGAGCUCAACAACCGUUUCCUCGCCUCGCAGAGCGCCGACCGCGGGGCCUCCCUGGGCCCGCCCCCGUACCUGCGCACCGAGCACCACCAACACCAGCACCAGCACCAGCACCAACACACGCACCAGCACACCCACCAGCACACCUUCACCCCCUUCUCCCACGCCAUCAUGCCAACCCCUGCACCCCCCAUGGUGCGUACCCCAGCCAGAAAUUUUGAAAAGUUCCCAACAAAAGUUGACCCUUUCUACAGACACAGCCUGUUCCACUCCUACCCCCCGGGCGUGUCCGGCAUUCCACCGGUGAUCCCUCCGACCGGGCCCUUUGGCUCGCUGCAGGGGGCCUUCCAGCCCAAGACUUCUAACCCACUGGAUGUGGCCUCAAGAGCUGGAGCAGUCCCACACACACUCUUACAGAAGGACCCCAGGCUAACGGAUCCGUUUCGGCCCAUUCUCAGGAAACCAGGGAAGUGGUGUGCCAUGCAUGUCCACAUGGCCUGGCAGAUCUACCACCACCAGCAGAAAGUCAAGCAGCAGAUGCAGGUCGACCCGCACAAGCUGGACUUCGGGCUCAAGCCGGAGUUCCUCAGUCGACCCCCUGGCCCCAGCCUCUUUGGCGCAAUGCACCACCACCACCACGACUUAGCGCGUCCCGCUACGCUCUUCUCAGCAGCAGGUUCUACACACCCGUCAGCCGGACCGUUCGGCCACCCGCCCCACCACCCUGGCAACUUCCUCACCCCUGCACCUCACUUAGAGCCAUUCAGUAGGCCUCCCUCGUUUGGAGGUCUCUCAUCUCUUAGCACAGCAGCCUUCGGUGGGCUUGGAAACCCAGCACUAAAAUCUCUAACAGCGCCUAACUCUGUGUUUGGCCAUAAAGACAACCCCAAUGCACAGCAGCACUUCAACAACAACCAUGAGCCGUGGAACCGGCUGCACCGCACGCCACCCUCCUUCCCCACCCCUCCGCCCUGGCUCAAACCUGCCGACUCGGAGAGGAGCGCCUCGGUCAGCUCCCACGAGAGAGACAGAGACUCAGACAAGCGAGACACGUCCUCCAUCAACAAAGACGACAAGGAGAGGGAAGCCAUGGAGAAGCGUCACCAGAGCCAUCCGUCCCCAGUGCCCAUUAACCCCAUCAGCCUGCUGGGUCACAGCCGUCCCCCAGAGCCCCAAAAGAACCACCUGCCCCCCAGCGAACCCCCCAGGGACAAGGACAAGCCCAAAGAUCGAGACAGGGACAGGGAGCACCCCGACUCCUGGAAGCUCAACGGCACAGACGAGCACAAACUCAAAGAGAAUCACCACGGCGACAAGGAUACAACACCAAUCAUCCACGACGGGCGGGUGACUGAGGACAAGGCCAACGGCAGAGGAACGACCUCACCCUACAUCCGCCAGACCAGCCUGGACCGGCCCAACGGGGGGCUGGGGAGGGGGGAGAGAGAGGCCCUGAUGGAGAAGAAGGGAGAGCUGCCCUCUCUCUACGAGCACCACAAGAAGAACAACAACGAGGUGAAGGUAAAGGAGGAGAGGAAAGAGGAGCAGGAUAGCCCUACAGACAGGGACAGACCCCCCUCUCACCCUCACCUCCACCCACACCUGCCCCAGGUGCCCCCCACGCCCAGCCUCCAUACCCACCACCACCCCCCUUCCUCCAUGGCGAUGCCCAUGGGCAUGGCGGGCGUCCACCCAAUGAACAGCAUCAGCGGCCUGGAGAGGACUCGAAUGGUGGCCCCCUUCUUGGGCAUCAGCCCCAUUCCGGGGGCAGAGAGGUUCCCCUACCCAGCCUUCCACUGGGACCCCAUGAGGGACCCCUACAGGGGCCUAGACAUCCACAGACGGGACCCUCUGGCCAGGGACCUGCUGCUGAGGAACGACCCCCUGCAUCGGCUGGCCGGGCAGCGCCUUUACGAGGCAGAACGCUCCUACAGGGACCGAGAAGCUCAUGACUUUAACCGCGACCACCACCACCCUCUAGCCCUGGAGCAGCGCCGGGAGCAGGAGGCCCGGGCACACUUGGAGGAGCGUGAGCGGUUGCACAUGCUCAGAGAAGACUACGAGCAUGGCCGCCUGCAUGCCGCCAUGCACCACCCGGCCCUGGACGGCCACCUGCCACACCACCACGCUGCCCUCAUGGUCCCCGGAUUACCCAGCAUGCACUACCCCAGGGUCAGCCCUUCGGCCGCCGCUGCAGCUCACGCCGCCCACCAGAAUGGUAUCCUGAACAAAACACCGCCCACAGCCUCCCUGAGUGCCCCGCCCCCCCUCAUCCCCACGCUGGGUGCCAGGCCGGGCUCCCCCAGACGGACUACGCCCCUCACCACAGACAUCAGAGACAGACCAUCAGCACACAACCACAAAGACAUAGAGGCACGGUGAGCAGAGUGGGGCGCAAUCCUCACCCUGGAUUGGAGGCAGACUACAGGCAUACUCUGCCCUGUGCCUCACACCAAGCACUUAGCUUUGGAAACAGCAGACUGUACCAUAGCUGUAAAUAAUAUGUGGGGGAGAACACCCACAGAUUAUGUUUUUGUAACAUUUUUAAAAAGUCGGGGGGGGUUUGCUCCAGUUUGCUCCUGCUUUUUGUGUGUAUUCAUUCUCUUGUACAGAACGUGUCCUGGACUACCCUGAAGGUGUGUAGGGCAAUGGAAACAGCACCCUCAAAGACAUUUGGAAUGUUCAGGUACUUCAAUGCAUUGACAGGCAGCAAAGUGUGUAGAUAUGUGUACAGUCGACAUGCUCACUCCUUAAGGAACAAAUCAAGGUACAAAUAUGCAAAAGGGUGUUUUGAAAGCUUUACUUUGAACAAAUGUAAAUAGAGGACUAUUAUUAAUGAGGAGGAAGUUCAGAAUGUGCUUUUUGCUGAUUGGUUUUAGCUUGACGCAGCUGAAAAGGUUAACAUUGUACCACCAUGCCCCACAUUCAACUAUGCAACAAAUGUCUUGGCUUCUACUCUGAAAGCCAGCCUGGUCACCAUCCCAACUGAGUCUGACAACACUGUAUUCUCUCCACAACCUACAUCUCACAAACCCAUUAUAAUGUAUGUAUCACUGAAAUGAAAUCCACAGUACUCAUAGAAAAACACAAUAUCCUAGUACGGUAUACGGUUGUGCAAACGUUAAACAAUUUUCUUAAAUAUGAUACAAAAGUGUGGUAACAAUCCUUAAAAUUCCUAUUAUAGAGCUAUUCAUUUUGCAGAGGAAUUCCAAUGCCUGAAGUCACAGUGGUUCCCAACUUUUUUCCCUUACUGUACCACCAACUGAAUUUUGCUCUGCCUGAAGUACCCCCUCAUGUGCAUUUUACCAGUAAGCCUAUGGUCUAAAGAGUCUUCUAGUACCCCCUGGAUAGGCCAAGUACCCCCAGGGGUCCUAAUACGUCUGGUUGGGAACCACUGACCUAACAGAGAGAGAAAGAUUGAUAGAAAGUGAGAGAGAUCCCUUACUCCAACAACUCAACUCCUACCACCAUUCUUGUUUUGGAGAGAAUACAGCACAUUUACAAAAAGACCCCACAUUUUACCUUCUAAAGGAGUGUAAAGUAUGUGUUUGGAAAUAAGUUAUGUUUAUCUAACAGUGUAUUAAAGUGCUAUCUAAGCUGUUGUAUCUACAAAAAUAAAAAGACAAAAAAGCCAGUCUAAACUAUGGACAGUUUGUUUCUAAAGAGCAGAGAUCUAUUUUAGUAGUCCACUGAAGGUUUAGUUGUGCGCUUCAAAACUCUGUGAGAGCCAGAUGUUGUGCAGUGUUUUUUUAACCCCACAUUAAAAAUGUCCACUGAAGCCGUAGUGGUUAGUCAAUGCAUAUUGCAAAGAGAUUGUAAACAAGAAAAACAAUUUUGCUGUUUAUCAUGUAUGUAAAAAAAAUAUGUCUUUCUAGAUGAGAAAAAAACAAAACAAAACAAGCGAUGCGACUGAAUCUUCAGCAUGCUCCUCAUUUAAAUGUGUGUUAUGUAAAUUGUGCCAUGUUAUUAAAAAAUGUGAACUAAAAA